GUGUGGUGCUGCACCAACAAGCAGGUUGCGUGCGACGACCCCGCCACGAGUUCACCGCCGAGUCCUACAAGCAGCGUGGAUGUCACGACUGGAUCUACCUCACCACCCGAUCCUACAAGCAGUGUGGAUUCCGCGACUGAGUCGACCUCGAUCUCACCACCAGUCACGUCUAGUUCGCCAGCCGAUGAUUGCGACACGUCCUCUUGCAACGGCUGCAGCGGCGAGCAGUGCCAGAUCUGCUACGACUCCGCGGGCGUGGGCUGCUGCCUGGACGCGGCGUGCCAGGGCUGCUCCGGGGAGCAGUGCGACCUCUGCCACACCCCGGAGCUGCUACAGUCCUGCUGCGAGGGCAGGCACGCGUCGGUCGACCUCUGCUCGGAAGGGGGGGGGAGCUCUGUUCCGCCGGGGGGGAUCGGUGGAUCCACUCUGCCGGGAGAUGCCAAUGCCACCGCAGCGCCGACCACCGCAGCGCCGAUCAUCAAUGGAUCCACUCUGCCGGGAGAUGCCAAUGCCACCGCAGCGCAGACUACCGCAGCGCCGACCACCACAGGACCUGGUGGCGGCGGCAGCUGCGGCGAUGUGUCGGUGUGCACCGGCUGCAGCGGGAGGCAGUGCCAGGUGUGCCAGGACACGCAGGAGCGGGACUGCUGCCUGGACGCGGUGUGCAAGGGGUGCUCAGGGGAGCAGUGCGCCAUGUGCCGCGGCGACAAGAUGUCGGAGUGCUGCGAAGGCAGAGUCCCUGGAGUUCCAGGCUGCGCCCCGACGAUUCCGCCAUCCAGUUCGACUCCGCCUUCCACCAGCAGUACUCCGUUCCCUGAUGCAUUGCCUGCUUCGACGACGGAGUAUUACGACGACUCCACCGAAGCCGAGGGGCAGUGCGACGACUCCCAGUGCGACGGCUGCAGUGGGGAGCAGUGCCAGCUGUGCAGGGACGAGGUGGCCCUGGAAUGCUGUCUACACGACGCCUGCGUGGGCUGCAGCGGGGAGCAGUGCGUUUCCUGCCGGGAGGAGGGCCUGACGGGCUGCUGCGAGGGCAGGAGCCUGAAGGUCGCCGAUUGCACAGGACCUGCAGGUCCGGGCGGUGUGCCCGGAGGACCCUCAGACCAGAGCGAGGAGUGCGACAUGUCCGAGUGUGAGGGCUGCAGUGUCGCCCUCAGCACUCCGUGGAUGUGGCGCAUUCAGCUGCACGCUUCGCCGUUUCUUGGCAGGUGGGAGUGGUCAUGUGGCAAGGCACACGAGGCCCUGUUUGAAGCAGUACCGGGCUCCACCGCGCCCGCCGUUGCGGAGGCGGCGCCCGCCGGCGCCGCCUCGCUGGCGGCCGAGGCCCCGCAGGCCUCCGAGGAGGCGGCGGCCGUGAGAGCGGAGGCCCCGAGCGUGGCCGCGCGUGCCACCGAGGAGGCCGGCCGGGCCGCGCCAGCGCCCGCGGAGGCCGCUUCCGCCGCCGAGGCGGAGGGCGCCGGCCCUGCGGCCGCCGAGAGUGAGGGUCUCGUCGCUGAGGCCGCCCUCGCCGCCGAGGCGGACGAGGAGGACGAGGAGGCCGCUCCCGCGGAGGCCGCCCCCUUUGCGGCCACCGAGGAGGGCGAGGGAGGCCCGGAGCUCGAGGAGGACGAGGAGGCAGAGUCGAACGCCAUUGCGAAGGCAGAGGCAGAGGAGGCCGCGAAGGCGGAGGCGGAGGCCAGAGCCAGGGCAGAGGCGGAGGCAGAGGCGAGGGCGAGGGCGGAGGCAGAGGAGGCCGCGAAGGCCGCCGAGGCGGAGGCGCAAGCCAAGGCGGAGGCGGAGGCGAAGGCAAAGGCAGAGGAGGCCGCAAAGGCCGCCGAGGCGGAGGCGAAAGCCAAUGCAGAGGCGGAGGCGAAGGCGAAGGCAGAGGAGGCCGCAAAGGAGGAGCUGGCCGCGGCGCGGCAGAAGCCGGCCACCCUGGAGCAGGCGCGGGAGGUGCGGAGGGAGCUGCAGGCGAAGGUCCUAACUCGGACGCUGCGCAAGAACCACAUCAGGGCCGUGGUCCACAUGCAUUGGGGCGCUAGCAUGCUGAUCAAGGCCAUUGCGGCCCAGGUGUCGGGCGAGGGCACCCAGCGGCAGAUCGAGGCCUUCAUGGAGCUGGUCGACCGGCAGUGGACCGGGAAGGGCCAGACCCUGCUCCACGAGCUGUGCGCUAACCUGCGGCAGCCGAGCGAGCAGGAGGGCGCCGCGGCGGGAGCCGAGCCGCUCGGGCUCCGCGUGCUCGCGGACGUCUGCGAGCAGGCUCAGGAGCACCACGGCCAGAGGCCUCUGAACGCCGCCCUGCAGGCGUGCCUCCUUGCCGUGGGCAGCUGGGUGAUGUACACCAUGCAGGACGUGGACAUCGACCGGCUUCUCCAGUUCAUGGAUUGUCCCGUCCUGCCCGAAGGCAUGGAGGAGCCGGCCAAGCGGGAUGCGUUCUACAGGGAGUACCGGGCUCGCUGCGGCGGCAACCGCAACCCGCAGAUGUUCUCCGCGGCGAACUGGGCCACGCGCGUGUGCUUCGACAAGGGCGGGGACGAGAGCUCGCAGGACGGAAGGGAGUCGCUCGCGGGGCUGCAGACCUGGGUCAAGUGGCUCUGCUUCCUCGGCGCUUCCGCCAAGGAGCUGGAAGAGCCCGUGACCGUAACACGGGGCCUGUGUGGUCUGCCCGAUGUCCUGGUGGACCAGCUCAGGAGCAAAAGGGCGGGGGACAUCCUGUUCUGGGCGGCCCCCUCUAGCACGACGGACGACGCUGCAAUCUCGGAGAGCUACUGCAACCAGCAGCUGCCGACGGAGCGCAACGUGCUCUUCACGAUCUCCGGCGUCAGGCAGGCGUUCCCCAUGUUCGAGCUGAGCCACUAUCCGAAGGAGCGGGAGUGGCUGCUGCCUCCGUUCUGCAAGCUGGAGGUGGAGCGCGUGGUCGAUGCGUCUCCGCUGCAGGUACACUGCAGGUUUGCGGGCUGCGUGCUCGGGGCCGACCUGCGAGAGAGGGUCCUGCGCGACUUCCGGGAGGGCUCCGACAGCUUGAGUAGCGUGCAAGAGGAGAUGCGCAACGAGCUCGGCGCGAUGCAACAGGAGCUGGCCGAGGCGAAGAAAGUGGCGCAG